AUGGAAUCAGGCUCAAGCAGCUUCCCUAGUAUGGUGCCACCUGUGUUUGAUGGAGAAAAUUAUCAAGCAUGGGCAGUGAAGAUGGCUGCUUACAUGGAAGGGUGCGAUUUAUGGGAAGCAGUGGAGAAUGACUAUGAGGUGGCUCCACUUCCUGAGAACCCAACCAUGAAUCAGAUCAAAUACCAUAAAGAGAGGACAACAAGGAAAGCCAAGGCAAAGUCCUGUCUUUUUGCAGCUGUCUCCACAACAAUCUUCACAAGGAUAAUGAGGUAUGGAUCAGCUAAAGCUAUUUGGGAUUUUCUUAAGUCUGAGUAUGAAGGAGAUGAGAGGGUGAGAGGAAUGAAAGUGCUGAACCUCUUGAGAGAGUUUGAGAGGCAGCAAAUGGAUGAUGCAGAAACUGUGAAGGAAUAUGCAAAUAGGCUAAUUGAGAUUGUUGAUAAGAUAAGGGUGCUUGGGACAGAUAUAAAGGAUGAUAGAAUUGCGCAUAAAAUAUUGAUUUCUCUGCCUGAAAAAUUUGAGGCUACCAUAGCUUCUCUAGAGAACACAAAGGAUCUGUCAAAAAUAAAAUUGGCAGAAUUGCUCAGUGCAUUACAGGCACAAGAGCAAAGGAGGAUGAUAAGGAGAGGAGAGCCCAUAGAAGGGGCAUUGCAGGCCAAGUUGUAG